UCAUCAUACUCCUCUCUCUCUCUCUCUCUCCUCUCUUUCUUCCUCAUCCUAUUCUCUUCCUCUGAAAAUAUAAACUAUAAAAGAGAAAUAUUUCUUCCUAGCAACUGAUAAGGUAUAUAUACUAUUCAUCAAACCAAAUUUUGCAUAUCCUUCAGUUUGAAUUUUUUUUUUUUUCUGAUGUUCUUUAAUUAUUUUGGAAAGGCUUUUUCUUUUUCUCUCUUUCUCUUGUGCUGUGAUAUUAGAUCAAGUCUUCCUUUUCCUUCUUCCACACUGAUUAAGCUCUGCCCACUCUGAGCAUCUGCAUCUGCGCAUCUUUCUUUCUUUUCUUCUGUCUUCCAACAUGACAGCCAGAUUAUCACCGGUGUUUUUAAGAUUGGUUUCCCAAGCAUAGGUCAUGACUUGCAAUGGGAUGGCUUUCUUCCCAGCUAAUUUCAUGCUCCAAACUCCCCACGAAGAAGAUCAUCAUCAACCUCCCACUUCUCUCAAUCCAAUUCUACCCUCAUGCACAGCCCAAGACUUCCAUGGGGUGGCAUCAUUUCUAGGGAAGAGGUCAAUGUCGUUUUCAGGGAUCGAUGCUUCAUGUCAUGAAGAAGCUAAUGGAGAGGACGAGUUGUCCGAUGAUGGCUCACAAGCAGGAGAGAAAAAGAGAAGACUUAAUAUGGAACAAGUGAAGACACUUGAAAAGAACUUUGAAUUGGGUAACAAGCUCGAACCUGAGAGAAAAAUGCAGCUGGCUAGGGCUCUUGGUCUGCAACCAAGACAGAUUGCUAUAUGGUUCCAAAACAGGAGGGCCAGAUGGAAGACUAAACAGCUUGAGAAAGACUAUGAUCUCCUCAAGAGACAGUUUGAAGCCAUCAAAGCUGACAAUGAUGCACUCCAAGCUCAGAACCAGAAGCUUCACGCAGAGAUAUUGGCACUGAAAAGCAGGGAACCAACCGAGUCUAUUAACCUUAAUAAAGAAACUGAGGGUUCUUGCAGUAAUAGAAGUGAAAACAGCUCCGAUAUCAAACUGGAUAUCUCAAGGACUCCAGCUAUUGAUAGCCCCCUAUCUAAUCGCCCAACAAGCAGGACCCUUUUUCCAUCUUCAUCUACUAUGAGGCCAACAGGUGUGGCGCAGCUCUUCCAGAACAGUUCUUCAAGGCCUGAUCACAUUCAUUGCCAGAAGAAUAUUGAUCAAAUGGUGAAGGAAGAAAGCCUUAGCAACAUGUUCUGUGGCAUUGAUGAUCAAUCUGGGUUUUGGCCGUGGCUUGAGCAACAACAUUUCAAUUGAGAUACCAGAAUUGAUACAUCUACUACUGCUGUAUUGAAAUUAAUACACACCACUAUAUGCAGUUUGGCAAUGUUUUUCAAGUCAUCGAGACGGCAACUACCUUAUUUUAUAACUCCAUGCAUGUUUUGGAACUUAGGAUGGUGUAUAAAGUAGGUUGAAAUUUCAGGUGGGAGGGGGGGAGGGGCGAGGGGACUGAACAUCAUCGUUUUAUGAGAAAUAAAGGAGUUUGUGUCUUUGGGUUAUAUACCAUGUUUUUCCUGGAGAGUUAGAGAGAUGUUUGCUAGUUUGGAUCAUGGAAUCCGAGAGAUGAAAUUAUAUUUGCUAGUGAGCUAUAGCACUAGCAUGGGCCAUGAAAUAAAAAAGGGAUUCUCUCUUCCUUGCA